CCUCAACGACAUCAUUCAUACCCACAAUGGAUAAGAACACGACCCCCGUCCGCGCGGUCACACUGCUCCUCAUCAUCAUAUGCCUCCUUGCUACCGAGGCGCGAUGCCGGACCAUGGACGACGGCGGCGAGAAUAUCAGUUUGCCCUACGGGUUGUGCGUCUACGAUAAGAGGUCGUUUGCGUGCAAGGGCGAGCGCUGCUACUGCUGUCGCGUGGCCGUGGAAGUCUGUUAUUUGUCGAUGAAGGAGUGCAUGACGGAGUGCGUCAAGAAAAUGGGUCCACCACCGGCGGCCCGGGGCGGCGGCGGCAACGCCUCUCCGGUAGCUUAG